AUGGUAUUUCAACCCAACAAUGUUUAUAAAUUAGUUUCCUUCUGCGUCCAUGAAGUGAUGCAAAAGCCUGGAGUCACUGAUGACAGCUCAUCUCAUCAGCAUGAGCAGGAGCAGACGACUGAGGUCAUGCUUACCACGCCUCCAACGACGCCACAGCAGCUUCCACACCCUGCCUACUUCAACGCCAGCACAGGCAAUAUCGGCAACUCAGAUUUGAUAGCAAGCAACAGUAGCGACCUUGUUUACAAUACCACCUCUGUCAGUUAUGAGCAGCUGAGUCGCCAGUUUUACCAGUCGUACGACCCUUCUAUUGGACUGCACACCGCGGCUGUACUUGGCGGCAUUCUUGUCUGGCUAGUCCUGUAUGUGAUCUAUAGGACAAAAAUUCGAAAGUGCGUUAUUCGACUUAUUAAAAAGAAUUUUGGGGAAGAGGAGGAGCUGGAUCCCAAGAAUUCAGACAGCGACAUAGAUUUCUGUGGAGGAGUUAACCCUACGAUGGUACGAGCUUUAAUUAACCCAAGCAUUGUGAUCGAUGAAUCCCCGACACAGUCACCUCUAGCCUAUGAGCAGCAUUAUGGUAAAUCCGGUGACCAUGAUUGUUUAAGUCCAUAUUCUCUCCCCGAAGCUGGGAUUAAUGAAGAUGACUUGGUCUUCCGCUUUCCUCACCCUAGUCAUUUACCGAGAUCGGAGGUUGAUAUUCCCACAGCUACUGCUUACUGGGUGCGCCACACGCCUUUGCAGACUAUAAGUCACAAAGACUUUGCCAGCCUAAUGUUCGCAAUUAAAAGUCGUGGUCCCCUAGCAUUGAACAAACCCUGUAGCUGUCCAAAUGUGUGUUCAAGAUCCCAGCAGCAGCUACCUCUCUUAGAAAUGCCUUAUUCAUGGAGUAAGAGUCUGCCAACGUUAUCGAGCCCUUUGUCCAAUCAGAUCUUAAGUGCCUAUGAUGCUGUCCUUAACCAGGCAAGCUAUAAAACUAUCAAAGAUCUCAUUAAUGCCAAAAGGAAAAGAAACAAACAUUAUCACGAAAGGGAUCAUGGUGAAUACUUUUCACUUAUUGAUAAAGGUAUAAUGACAAAAUUCCAAAGCAGUCAUCGGAAAAGUCUUUCUGGUGUUAGCUAUCGUAUAGAUAAAUCUAGGAGUAAGAAAAAGAAAAUACCUCCAAAAUUGACAAUACAAAUUCCUGACGCAAAAGAGAAUCUUUCUUUUGUAAAAAUACCCAACGUAGAUCGCUCUCCGGUGCCUAUUCCAUUCACACCUACAAUUAUGAUUCAGAACUCACAGUCCACAUCCAGACGUGGUCCGCAACGCGAUAGCAACACUUCAGCUAGUUCCUGCUCCUCUACAGAUUUAUUGUUAGCCUCCAAUCAAGGUCCCCCUAUACAAAAACCCUUACCUGGUUCUCCUAAACCUCCCUCGCCACAUUUUCUAUCGCCAGCAUACGACGGCAGAAAACGCAGCCAAUGUUUCUUUAAUUGGAACCGCCAAGACAUCAACAGAUAUAACGAUGAAUAUCGAAAAAUCAGUUCCGGAUCUACCAGCCCGUGUAGUAUAACCCAUCAACAGUGUUCAUUUGUGUAUCCUAGGAAGGAAAGUAAGAGAGAACAAGACACUCAUUUCCACAGCAACGAUGAGAUAUUCCGUCGUCGCCAUGGAAGAUGUGGUGAUAACGUCUUGGUGAGUCAAGCCAGACAUGGUGAACUCUUUGAUCAUUACCGUAGUUUGGGUGACUGGAACUACAACAAUGACUUUUUGUCCAGUACAUCCCCAGUAGGUACCAACAGCCAACAAAGAUGCCUAUCUGCCGAUAUUCCGUUCUCAGUUAAUUUACCAGAAGAAGAACAUAGUCCAACGUGCUCAAACGAAAGCAAUAAAAACUUUUUAUCAUUUUCACCGACUCCAUACUUACUACAGGUUCCAGAUCCGAGCAGCCUUCACCUUUCCUUGACCCCUGAUUGUGGAACUACCGGCAAAUUUUAUCUCGGCCCAGGAGGCCAGCCACCCAUGCGUCACUGUGUUCAUUCCGACAGCAACAUCGCUUAUCACACGGGUAUAUACCUGCCUGGAGUACCUAACGUUGACUCAGUCAGACGUCAUAGCGCGUUCAACCCUG